UGGAGGAACGGCAGCAGCAGCAGCUGGCGGUGGCGGCGGCGGUUUGCAGGAGGAAAGAGAGCGGCGGAAAGGGACCCUCUUGGCGCCCUGCGCGAGAGGUAUCGUCGUCUCAGAGGUGGCGGUUUUGGCGGGAGAGUCGGGUUGAGCGGUUUUCCUUUGGGGGCAAAGCCGACUCCUGUCAGGGGACUCGACGCCUUUCCGUGAGGAUAUAAACUUCAUAUAUAUAUAUAUUAUACAUUUCAAUUUAAUAUAAAUAUAUAGGGAUAUAAAGUUGUAGCCCGUUAUAAAGUGUUGGGAAGGGAUGAUGAUGAUGAUGAUGGUGGAGCGCCCUUGUCUGCGCUGAGAGGUUGUCAGUUUCAGUCAGUGACAGGACAGCGGCGGCGGAGACCCCAACCAGACUCGCGGGAACCAUGGACAUGGAGGUGGCCGAGAGCGGGAGCAGCCCGGCGGAGCAGACUAAGAGCAGGCCAGCGGCGCUGAGAGCCAGCCAGGGGCGACAGGGAGAGCAGGAGGCCGCACCGGGUACUGCCAACGCGGGCCGGGCGCCGGCAGCGGCCUACGAACUGCCCUGGGUUGAGAAAUACAGGCCACUAAAACUCAAUGAAAUUGUGGGGAACGAGGAAACUGUCAGCAGGUUAGAGGUGUUUGCAAGGGAGGGAAAUGUACCCAACAUAAUUAUUGCAGGUCCUCCAGGUACUGGUAAGACUACCAGCAUUCUUUGCUUGGCACGAGCACUCUUGGGCCCUGCAUUAAAAGAUGCAGUUCUUGAACUCAAUGCCUCCAAUGACCGAGGUAUUGAUGUGGUCCGAAACAAAAUCAAAAUGUUUGCACAACAGAAGGUCACCCUACCAAAGGGUCGUCACAAGAUCAUCAUCCUGGAUGAAGCAGACAGCAUGACGGAUGGGGCCCAACAAGCCCUGAGGAGAACAAUGGAGAUUUACUCUAAAACAACUCGGUUUGCCUUGGCCUGCAACGCCUCCGACAAAAUCAUAGAACCGAUCCAAUCCCGUUGUGCUGUUCUGCGUUACACAAAGCUGACAGACGCACAGGUCCUUGCACGACUGAUGCAGGUGGUUGAGAAGGAAAACGUCCAAUACACAGAUGAUGGCUUGGAAGCUAUAGUUUUUACAGCCCAAGGAGACAUGAGGCAGGCUUUGAACAAUGUGCAAUCAACACAUUCAGGGUUCGGGUUUGUCAAUAGUGAAAAUGUUUUCAAGGUCUGUGAUGAGCCCCAUCCCCUGCUGGUGAAGGAGAUGAUUCAGCACUGUGUCAAUGCAAAUAUAGAUGAAGCAUACAAGGUUGUUGCUCAUCUCUGGAAAUUGGGCUACUCACCUGAGGACAUCAUUGGUAACAUUUUCCGAGUCUGUAAAACUUUCCAAAUGCAGGAAUAUUUGAAACUGGAGUUUAUAAAGGAGAUUGGAUAUACUCACAUGAGGAUUGCGGAAGGAGUGAAUUCCCUGUUACAAAUGGCUGGAUUGCUUGCUCGACUUUGCCAGAAAACCACAGCUCCCCCUGCAAGUUAAUGAGCCUUUGUGGUGUGUGCUCAAGGGCUUUAUUGUUUUAUUAUAAACUCUCCUCAUUUGAGUUUAUAGGAAAUGUAAUCCAUCUCCUGUCAGUUGUUCUUGUGUAUAUAGGUUUGCACAGUUUCUGUGCUUGUUUUUUUAUACUCCAGAGUAAAGUUCAUACAAUAAAUAUCAAUCUUCACCAGA